AUGGCAACGCUCAGGGCCAUGAUGGUGGUCACCACCAUCGCCCUACGUGGUUGUACAGCAUUGGAGGCCCCAUGCGGCAGGCAGGAGCUCAGCGAGUGCUGGCAGCAGCCAUGUGAGACAAGGGAUUUUAGGGCGGUCGAUGUCAAGACGGCAGUACAACAAAUAUCUCGUUACUUAGAGGACACAAGCAACGAUGCACCUCAGGUCAUCUACUUCGACGGAUGGGAUGGACUGGGUGCUUCUGCGGUGCUUAGAGCUAUUGCAGAGCACCCUCCACCAUCUUUACGAGAGAAAUUCGAUAAGAUCAUCCACAUUGACUGUUCAAUGUGGAAGAGCCGAAGAGCAUUGCAAAGGGUGAUCGCAGACGAGCUCAAGCUCACUCAACAGCUAGCGGCUGAUUUUGACGCGCAAGACGAGGAGGACGAUUUCAGUGGGGUAGACCAUGGCUCCAGAGCUGAGGUUAGAGGCGUCAUGGCAGCAAUAACUCGUUACCUAGUACAGUACAGAUGUUUAGUUGUCUUUCACAAUGGAAGUGAUGACAAGGUUGACUUGACUAGCUGUGGCAUUCCACAACCUGAAAUCUUCAAUACUAAGGUAUUGUGGACCUACAGAGGAUGGCUUCGCCUCAAAAGAGAAAUUCGUCUCAAGGUAGAGAAUUCACAACUUUAUAUUUAUGCUUAUGAUGACCUUCACGACAACUGGAAUGCAUACCUUGAGGAAGAUGCUAGAGAAAUCGCUUUGCACAUGUAUAAGCUUGGCCUUGGAGUUACACCUAAAAUAGCCACAGAGUGUUGCUUGUACCUAUUGUCGUUGAAUAACCAAGGUAAGAAGAUGAUUGACUACAACUGGGCAACCCAUGCUUCCUGCUACUGGGUUUGCGAUGGGAUCAUAGGAGGAGGACAGGACAACCAGACAUGGGAGGUUGCUCAUGCUCUGCAGCAGCAUAUAAGACUAGAAGACUACUCAUCCAAUGCAGAGCCAGAGCUUAUGUGGUCUGUGGAGAAAUUGGAUCUUUCCUCAAAACAAUGGAUUUCUAUUACUGAAUCAUAUUUCAAAGAGGUUGCUCCAGAUACAACAACAUUGUUCUUUGCACCCGACAAGUCAAGUCCACGAGCAGUAUCAUUACCUAGUGACAAGUUCCAUAAAGCAGAUCAACUCCGGGUGCUGAAGUUAUGUGGAUGUACCUUCAGCUUUUCAUCACCUCCAUUCCAUUGCUGCCACAACUUAAGAUUCCUUGGACUGGAUAGAUGCAAAGAUGAACUGCAACAAGGGGAGGAGGAGGAGGAGGAGAAAACAGGUGAACCAGCGGUGGAAAUUUUUCAGCGGCUAUGGGUGCUAGAUGUAUGCCACACGGAUUGGCCAUUGCCUUUUCCCCCAGAAACAGAAGAGCAAGUGGUGGCUACAGACAUUAGAGAGGUUCAUAUAACCAACGGAAGGAUUUGGACCAGCAACCUUGCAUGGAGACGCCUGCCGAACCUUCACAAGCUCCAAGUAGUUGAGCCCACAAACCCUUGGGAGACAGAAAGAAGAGAUGAAUUCAUGGCUAUGGUGAAUCUGGAGCUCCUUGACCUAUCUGGGAACAGCACCAUACAAGUCUUGCCGAGCCUUUCGGGUGCAACACGCCUCAAGACACUGAUUCUAGAUGGUUGUGUUGGGUUGGAGCAUGUUGACCCUCAACAACUCCCUCCAUCACUUGAAUCAUUCUCAUUGAAUACCGCAGGAGAAGAUGAGGAUCUCCAGAAGAAGAAUGUUGAAAUAUCUUACAUCAGCUUGGCUGGGUGUCUCCGCUCAAUUUCUUGGCCCAAAACCGAAAUGUACAAAGUAAGGCUGUUGUGCAUUGACACUAGAGCAGGAGGAGAGCUGGACAAUAGAAAAACAUGGCAGUAUGAUUCUUUAAUGGUCUACCAGCACGACGAAGUAAAGGAGUAUUGUCAUGCAUCUGUUGCCGUUGCAGACAUGAGGUUCCUUCAGUCCUUGGAGUUUCUUUGGACAAGGGAAACCAUUCGAUGUGAUAAGUGGAAUCUCUGCUUGUCAUCUACCAGCGAUGAUGAUGGAAGAGGCUGCCACAAGGAAAAGAUGGGCAGUCAUUAUAGCACUGGACAGCUAGCUGCUGCUCUGUCUCUGCCCAAGUCAUUAACCUACCAUGACAUCAGCAUUGAACAGAUAUCUGCAGAGAUCGAUAUCAGCAGUAGCAGCAGCUCAGAGCAAUUUCUGCCACUAGACUUGAACAUGGACAUUGGCGAGGGAAUUAGUGACGUCACCGACAAGUCCAGCACGCGGGCAAGGGAUGCAAUACGUAAUGUGAUGAACAGUGUGCAGUCGUUGCACGUGCACGACAGUUCUUCCAUCACCAGUGUUGCGCCUCAACACAUUUUAAUGAAUGGGCUCAAGUGGUGCUGCGUGGAGAGAUGCCCCAAGUUGGACAUUGUCUUCGCCACUAACUAUUACUGGAGAUGCUUUUCUAAUUUCGAAAUCUUUUGGGCGGCUCAUCUCUUGAUGGCCCGUUCUAUUUGGAGCAGACCAAGAAAUCCAAGGUUGCAUGCAAGUGAAUUAUCGUUUACACAACUGCGGGCUAUUCAUCUGCACUUCUGCCCGAGGCUCAGAUAUGUCCUCCCGAUGGCUUCGAACAAUACCUUAUCCAAGGUGCUGGAGACUCUCCACAUACACUGCUGCGGUGAUCUCAAGCAGGUCUUCCCCGUGGAGCAAGAGUUCCUAGAGAAAAUAGCGGCCAGACAUGAAAAAGGCAUGCUGGGAUUCCCAAACCUCAAGAGCCUAUACCUGUAUGAUCUCAUCAGUUUGCAACAGAUCUGUGGGGCAAAGAUGUUUGCUCCCAAGCUCGAGACCAUCUAUAUCAGAGGCUGCUGGGGCCUGAGGCGUCUCCCGGCCACUGACAGUCGCCGCCGUGAAGAUGGCCGCCCUGUGGCCGUGGACUGCGAGAAGGAUUGGUGGGAUAAUCUGGAGUGGGAUGGGAUGGAGUCUGGCCACCACCCCUCCCUCUUCCAGCCGAGCCAUUCCAAGUACUACAAGAGGCGUCACCUGAGGAGCACGGUUCUCCGCUGA